AUUUAAAAAGGAGAAAUGUUUGGAGUUUGCAAGGAGCUGAGAUGAGAAAAAGGGGAUGGGAGGUGACUGCGAGUCAGCGCCGCUCUCCGAAGGCUGGCGGUGAGGGGGGUUUAAUGGCUGCACCCAUCAGCUCCCACCAGGUCCAACCUGCUCUGGAUGGGCAGAUCCCAGCACUGUCAGAGUUUCAAUGUUCUGACUUGCUCUAAGAUGAAGGUAUGGAAGUUUGCAGCCAUUGCAUCGAUGCUCCUCAGUUCCAUGUUAUCCAUUUUAGUUUGUAGAGACAUGUUCAACGGAAGCCGGACAUACAGCCCCUUGCCUUCCUCGCUGGCCUCACGGGCAUCCUCCUCCUCCUCUUCCUCUUCCUCGCUGCCGGUGGCUCCGCGGAGACCCCCCCGGGCCCUGCCACGCCACAGCUCUCUGCUCUCCCAGUACAGCAGCCUGCUGGAGAGCUACACGGAAGGGGAGAUCCGGCAGCUCAUCUCGGCGCUGGUGGAACGCUACAGCCAGGCAAUGAACUCGGGCGGCCACGAGCUGCCCCUCUUCCCCAAAACGGGCAACCGCAUGAAGCGGGCACGCGCCCGCCACAAACCCUGCGCCCUGAAGGAGCUGGAGGUGAGCGUCAGCGAGUUGGGCCUGGGCUACGAGUCGGAUGAGACCGUGUUGUUCCGCUACUGCAGCGGCACCUGCGACUCAGCCGUCAGGAACUACGACCUCUCGCUGAAGAGCGUGCGCAGCCGGAAGAAGAUCAGGAAGGAGAAGGUGCGCGCGCGGCCCUGCUGCAGGCCGCUCUCCUAUGAUGAUGAUGUCUCCUUCUUGGAUGCCUACAACCGUUACUACACCGUCAAUGAGCUGUCGGCCAAAGAGUGCGGCUGUGUGUGAAGGGCCGGGUUGGGGGGUGGCCCAAUGGGGGCGAAGGCUACGGUGGGGAUGGGGAUGGACCCCGCACCGCUGCCCGCCCCAUGGAACUCCCGUGUCCAGUUGGAGGAAGAGAGACGACCCGUGGACCUACCGUGUCCAUUGGGAAGAGGAAAGAUGCCCCGUGGACCUUCCGUGUCCAUUGGGAGGAGGAGAAAUGCCCCACAGACCCCCCAUGUCCGCUGAGACCCUCCACGUCCGUGUGGGAGGAAGAGAGAUGCCCCACAGAUCAUCCAUGUCCAUUGGGAGGAGGAGAGAUGCCCCAUGGACCCUCCAUGUCCGGUGGGAGGAGGAGUGAUGCUCCAUGGACCCUGCAUGUCCACUGGGACCCUCUUUGUCCAUGGAGGAGAAGAAGAGUUCCCCCUUGGACCCUCUAUGUCCAUGGGGGAGGAGGAGAGAUGCCCCGUGGACCCCUACAUGUCCAGUGGGAGGAGGAGAGACUG